CUCGAAUACUGGUUUAAUCAGUGAUUGAGAACCCUAGAUGCUGUUCUUCUCCCGUACCCCUUGGUACUGUUAGAUUAUAACUCGAAUACUGGUUUAAUAAGUGAUUGAGAACCCUAGAUACUGUUCUUCUCCCUUGCCCCUUGGUACUGUUCUUCUUCCUUGCCCCUUGUUUCUCUAACUUAACCUGAGACUUUGAUCCUAGGCAAUUCAAGACCAUGGCCAGCUGGUCUGUAGUCUGCACAGAAAGCACUCUCUCCUGGUUUCGAAGCAACUUUUUUUGUAUUUUAUCAACUAUCAUCGGACUCUAGUCUUGAACCAUAUGACGGAAAUCAUCUUUAAGAGACCAUGAUUCCCCUCUCAGCCUAGAUAUCUGAAUUCUCGGCUUGCUUAACCAGUAAGUAUGGAUAUGCGCACUUGGACCACUAGGGAAACCGUGAAACGGGUCUCUUGCAAAAACCAACCUAACCCGAACUCAGUGCCUGCGCGAACCGUUGGGCCAUUGAGUGACUAGCCACCUUCGACCUUCCUAAAAGAAUUUCUCUAGCCUCAUUUGGUUAGAAAUUGAUAGUCAACUCUCUCUCUCUCUCUCGCACAAUGGAUCAAAUACAGCACAAGCACAUUGAUGUAAGAGGAGUGAACCUUCACGUUGCUGAGAUUGGAACAGGUUCUUCAGUGGUUGUAUUUCUACAUGGUUUUCCAGAGAUAUGGUAUUCAUGGAGACAUCAAAUGAUUGCAAUCGCUGGUGCUGGUUACCGUGCAAUUGCACCUGAUUUGAGGGGAUAUGGACUAUCUGGAAACCACCCAGAACCAGAGAAAGCAUCCUUCAACGAUUUCGUCGAUGACACCAUAGCCAUUCUUGAUUCUUUCCACAUCGACAAGGCUUUCCUUAUCGGCAAAGACUUUGGGUCGUGGCCUGUUUAUCUGCUCUCCCUUUUCCAUCCAACAAGGGUUAUUGGAGUUGUGUCGUUGGGCGUGCCUUUCUUUGUUCCUCGGCCUCAAAAGUUCCGGGACCUUCCUGAAGGUUUCUACAUUUCCAGGUGGAAGGAGCCUGGAAGAGCUGAGGCUGACUUUAGCCGUUUUGAUGUAAAAACCGUCUGGCGAAACAUCUAUAUCCUCUUCUCAAGAAGUGAAAUUCCUAUAGCUGAGACAGGCAAGGAGAUUAUGGAUUUGGUUGAUCCAUCUAACCCCUUUCCACCAUGGUUAACCAAUGAAGAUUUAACAACGUAUGCUAAAGCAUAUGAAAAAUCUGGGUUUAGUUCCCCAAUGCAAGUCCCUUACACGAGACUGCCUGAAGAGUUCACCAUCGAAAACCCAAAAGUGGAGGUUCCGGUGCUUCUAAUCGUGGGUGGAAAGGACUAUUUCCUCAAAUUCCCCGGGAUUGAAGACUACAUAACAAGCGAAAAAGUAAGAGACUAUGUAGCUGAAUUAGAGAUAGAGUUCUUGCCAGAAGGAACACAUUUCAUGCAAGAGCAGUUCCCAGACAAGGUGAAUCAGCUUAUUGUCAACUUCCUUGACAAAGCAUGUUCCAUCAAGUAACUAAAGUCGAGCCCUUAUCCAAAAGAUCGUUGGGCAUACUUUCACAAACCAAAUUAUCAACUGUACUCUUAAGGAAGUGUGCUUAUGCAUGUCUUGUAUUACAUUUUUGCAUAUUUAAGCCAAGAGAUCAGGGCUUGACAUUGCAAAAGAUUAUCAAGGUUGCGUUUCACUUGA